AUGGCAUAUGAGGAUAUGACUGGGUCUAUGUCAGCCCGGUCUCGUCGGAGAAAGCAGCCUCCCACCCUCCCCAACUUGUCUCGGGGGACCAGCUCCCACAGCUCCGGCCGUAAGCAAUCUAGUCCUGGAACACGGCCUCCUCUGGAUCCUUCCAUGAUCUCACCUCCAUGCUUGAUCAACCCCGUCACCAUGGAGCCUCACAUGACACACUUCGACCACCCUCUCUUUAUUCCCGCCAAUGACUGCCCCAGUCCUGUUCCCAGCCCGGUAGCAAGCUCUCCACCUAUCUCCCGCCAAUGGACAGCAACAUCCAUGGAGCGGCCAUCGACUUCGACCAUGGACCCUUACUGCGAGCAGUCCGUCUGGGAGUCAGACUCAGACAGCGAGUCUGUUGGCCGGAAGUCAAUCUCCCGCAGGCCAAUUGACACUCUUCGCAAGGUCCGCAGCCGUGCGAAGCUCCGUGGUGCCAAGUCGCAGCCUCGUCUUCACCAGGCCAUGCUUGAUGACCAGGCAAUGGAACAGUUCCCCUGCAUGCCAGAUGAUAUCCUCGGGGAACACGUUACAGACACUUUCCGCACUGCUAGCAUGGACCGACCUAGCACGAGCCGUGAUGGCCUUCGUCCAUCUGGACUGGCAACUCUGCGCUUAGUUGCUCCCUCUACAACCUCUCUCGCCAAGUCCCGCCCCCGUAAGGACAGCAGCAUCAACAGCUCGGACGUAGAUCGUUCCGCUGCCGCUGCUUUCCAAGCUCAGUUCCGUCGCCGUCAGCGCUCUGAUACACCAGAGUGCUCCAUCUCUUCCCUCGGCAAGGACGACAAGGAGAAGUUGACAUCAUUCUGCUUUGAGCAGCACCCUCAACCCGCGAUCAAUGACGGUGCCCAGUCCCGUCCACUCUUGCAGCGAUUCAUGGACUCCCUCCGCUCUUUGAACUGCCACAAGACCACGAAAAAGACAAAUGUCUCUGUCAUAUAA